AUGGGUUUUUACACCGUGAAACCUGAGAGCCUUGAGAGCCUUGAGAGCCUACCUCACCUAUUCCGAACUUGUUCAAAACCACUGUACCCCCAGAGUGCUGCGGACAUCGCAGCACUUCUAGUAAUUGCGGCGUUUUCUGCCAUCUACCUGCUUCGUGGAACUGUCUGGGACCGACCCGAUUCUCAUCAUUAUAUUUUAUUUGAGCGCCCCCAGCAAAAUGAUGAUCACAAGCAUCCACGACUUGAAGCGACACGAAAUAUCGCUCAAAAACUGGAAGAGAGCGACAACGACUGUGUUAUCUUUUGGGGUUCCCAAUCAGGUACUGGGGAAGGUUUUGCUCGCCGGCUCGCUAAGGAAUGCCAGCAGCGCUUCUCUCUGGCAACGAUUGUCGCCGAUCUGUCUGAUUAUGAUCCAGAAACGAUCAGGCUAGUGCCUCUAAGUAAGCUUGUCGUUUUCAUACUUUCUACAUAUGGCGAGGGAGAUCCAAGCGAUAAUGCCCUGGGUUUCUGGGACUGGGUCACGAAGGACCUAGGGGAUAGUGCCUUGCUUUGCAACUUGCGCUACGCAGCGUUUGGCCUUGGCAACAGCAAUUAUCAGCAUUAUAACCGCGUUAUUACCGUGGUCACGGAGCUGCUAGAUCAGCAAGGUGCUCAGAGACUGAUUGCAGUUGGCAAAUCUGACGAUGCUGCACGGUCGACCGAGGAAGAUUUCAUGGCUUGGAAGGAGGAGUUUUUUGCGGCGAUUGCAUUGCAGCUACAGCUGGAAGAACAUCCAGUCGUGUAUCAAGCUACCCUCAGUGUAUCUAAAGCUGAGUCUUUGAAAUUCAGCGAUCUGCACCAGGACGACCCUUCCCAAUUCCAAGGUCAGAGCAAAGCCUCAACAAAAACGUCUGCGACUCGACCACUCAAUAUCAAGGCAGCCCGGGAGCUAUUUCAAGUAGGCUCGAGGAAUUGCGUGCAUAUGGAAGUGGAUAUAGGGGAGCAUCCAGGACUGGCGUACAAGACAGGAGAUCACAUUGGAAUCUGGCCUACGAACCCGGAAACAGAAGUGGAAAACUUACUCCGCGCACUUGGUCGUCAAGCGCAAGGCGACAUGCCUCUCCAGCUACAGAGCUUGAGUGCAGAGACUAGACUCAAGCUACCAACGCCUACCACGCUUAAUACGCUAUCUCGUUUCCACUUAGAAAUUUGUGCUCCUUUGUCGCGCGACGCUAUGCUGGGUCUGGCCGAAUUUGCGCCUACAACAGAUGCGAAGGCUUUCGUGACUGAGCUGAGCCGGGACAGCAAACGCUAUCAGGAACUCAUCUCCCACACUCACAUCACACUCGGCCGCUUCUUAGAGCUUGCGAGUCCGGAGCUUGCUUGGAAAGACCUACCACUAUCCUGGGUCAUCGAGACUCUGCCGUCAUUUCAGCCUCGAUAUUACUCUAUAUCCUCCAGUAGCGUCCUCUCACCGUAUCGAAUCGCCAUUACUGCCUUGGUGGCAGCGGAUCCGCUUCCGGUGAUCCUCCCAGGCAAAGUGGCUGCGGUGGUGAAUGGUGUCGCGACAAAUUACCUCCACACGUUAUCUCAAGCUCUUAACAGUGACAAUCCCGAUGUUACUGUCUCAAAAGUGAUCCCAUACCACCUACCUACCAGUGGAAAGCCUUACAUCUAUGCACAUAUCCGAAGAUCCAAAUUCAAGUUGCCGGUAUCAAAGACAACACCAGUCAUAAUGAUCGCGGCAGGUACGGGUGUGGCUCCCUUCCGAGCCUUCCUCACCGAGCGGGCCAAGGUCGCUGCCUCAGCUGAAGUAGGCGCUAUGCGCUUGUUCUUUGGCUGCCGGAACCCUAACGAGGACUAUAUUUAUCGCGAUGAACUGGAGUCUAUCCAAGAGAAACUCUGUGCGAAUGGCACAGGGGACUUGAAAAUCAUCACUGCCUAUUCUCGGACCAAGGACUCGAAGGUUUAUGUGCAAGAUCGGGUGAUGGAACAUAUCGCGGAAGUGUUACAGCUACUUGAAGAUGGAGCCAGCCUCUAUGUCUGUGGUCGAACAGCCAUGGCCAAGGAGGUGGGCCGGCGGGUUGUAGACGGGGCACGGAGGCAACGGGGCUUGGGGCAGACAAUGGCGGAGGAGUGGCUCGAAACACUCAAGAGGCAGGGAAAGUGGAAGGAGGAUGUUUGGGGUUGA